GAAGUCACCGCAAACCUUCUUUAUUUCAUCUCGUGUUUGUUUCUGCGUACGUUUCGGCCCUGGAGUCGAAAUCAGCUGGCAGCCGGAGGCGAGGAAGGUUAUGCAGGAAGGCGUCCAGCAGCUUCACAGCUGCUUCUUCAAACAGCUGCAACUACCUCAAACAAACAUGUGGCUGUGCCUGUUUGUUCUGUGUGCUUGACUAUCUGCAGCAGGAAAUGGGGCAAAUGCAACUUGGGUCAAGCUACUGUCAGUGUGGAACCUUUUUCGUACAGAAAGUUCCUGACUGGCGUCUUCUCGUUCUCGGAAACUUCCUUCUCCUCUCAUUUGUUAAUUGUACUUAGGGGUUAUUUCUUGUUCCAUGACCACAACGGGCAUCACGACGAUACUAUCUAUCCUGAAGUUGUUCGGUCCUGAGUACUAUAAAGCAUUCUGCUACAAGUAAUCCCCCUUAGGUGUGUUUCUUUUUCUGUUGACAUGGUCGGCCUCUUAUCUUGUAUCAGCUCAAUUCCAGUUGUUUUUUCUGAAGCUUUGGGAGCUUUUAUCCAGAAGUAUGGCUCUGUUUGGUGUGGUUCAGGUUAACGGCCACAAAGAUUCCCUCUUCAUCAUUUAUCCUUGUUUAUAAAUGCAAAAUUACUUCAAGCAAGUAUGCUCAAUUUUCACAAGCAUGGGAAUUUGUGCAGCUUGCCAAACUUGCUUGCUGGAUUUGGGCUGUUUCUUGUGGCUUUGUGAUAUGUCCUAUUUAGUCUGCGCGGUAUCUCAAUUUUUCAUUUCUUAAAGUGGGUUCUAGGAUUGGAAUUUAUAUUUAGAAGGUGUUGGAGCAGCUGUUAAGUUGUUGCAUCUGGAAGUGGGCUACUAUAGUCAGAUCUUUUCAGUUGGACUCUGUCCGCACUGAGGUGCUUGUGAUUUCUAAAUAAGAGUUUGGGGUUUUAUUAUUUCUUCAACUGAGAAGAAUGGAACGCUAUUUGGUUAUUAAGGAAGUUGGAUAUGGAACAUUUGGUAAUGUCUGGAGAGCUGUUAAUAAAGAGAGUGGUGAAAUUGUUGCCAUUAAGAAAAUGAAGAGAAAGUAUUACUGUUGGGAGGAGUGCAUGAAUCUUCGGGAAGUUAAGGCACUUAGGAAAAUGAACCACCCUAAUAUUGUGAAGCUUAAGGAGGUCAUUAGAGAGGACGAUGUGCUGUACUUCAUUUUUGAAUAUAUGGAUUGCAAUCUUUAUCAGUUUAUUAAAGAUAGAGAUGAGCCAUUUUCAGAGUCAAAAAUCCGAAAUUGGUGCUUUCAAGUGUUCCAAGCUCUUGCAUAUAUGCACCAGCAAGGCUAUUUUCACCGGGACCUUAAGCCUGAAAAUUUAUUGGUGUCUGAAGAUUUGAUCAAAGUGGCAGACUUUGGCCUAGCUCGUGAAAUUUCAUCAAGGCCACCAUUUACAGAAUAUGUGUCCACUCGUUGGUACCGAGCCCCAGAAGUUUUGUUGCAGUCUUCUGUAUAUGGUCCUGCAGUUGAUAUAUGGGCAAUGGGUGCAAUAAUGGCAGAACUGUUUAAUCUCCGUCCACUUUUUCCUGGCACAAAUGAACCAGAUGAAAUUCAUAAGAUCUGCAGUGUGAUUGGUUCUCCGUGUCAAAACUCUUGGGCCGAGGGACUGAACCUUGCAGAUACAAUAAAGUUCAAGUUUCCACAGUAUCCCGGCAUUCACCUCUCCAUGCUGAUCCCAUCCGCCAGUGAUUAUGCUAUCAGCCUUAUCUCAUCACUUUGUUUAUGGGAUCCUCUCAAAAGGCCUACUGCUGCAAAGGCUCUUCAACAUCCGUUCUUUAAGCCUUGCUACUACAUCCCACCAUCUCUCCGGCUGCGCAACACUGAAACUUCUAAAACACCUCCAUUCGUUGUUAUGAGAGCAGCUCCUGAACAUUUGAGUGCAAGAAGAUGCGUUGUUGGAGCUCUAACCAAUCAGUCUCCAACUAAUAUCCCAUCACUAACUGCAUGUGCCUCCUUAAAGACGGGUGUUGCCUGGAGGAAAUUAGAUAGGCAUCAGUACCAGGAUUAUGUUCCUUAUGAAAAUAGUUCGCCUCAACCACUCUAUGGUCAACCAGCUAGGAAUAAUCCAGGAGGACACCUUGGCAGAGUUGCUCCUGGGGCCUGGGAUUUGAAUGAAAACCUGGUGCAUCCUGUAGUAAGCUCAGGAAUAGCUUAUGAAAUGGCAGAGAAGCUUGCAAACCUUACCAUGAAUUCUGGUUCCCAGUCUGUAAGGCAUCCGCCGCCCGCAUUGAAAACUGGCAGUUGGCUUUCCAACACCCGGUAUCUUAACCGUGCUUACCCAAUAACCCCUGCUAAGGUUUAUCCACGCAAGGCCGUCGGCUGAAGAAACCCUCCCAUUACUUCGUUUGAGUUUAGCAGCAUGCUCUUCGGUAUCAGGCGCUGGUUGUCUAUUAGGUGAAGACUUUUAUAAUGCUGUUUGAUUGAGUUUCGAUACUCUAAAUAUUCCCUGUUUCUCCAUGAGCACCUUUUGAAUAAGGAGAAAUAAGAACUAUUUGUAAUAAAGAGGCUCUGUUGUGUUACAGGACAAAUCAGGUCAUAAGUUUUCGUCUAGUAAUAUUCCUACUUACUCAUUGGAGUUGCAUGAAUUUCGAAGAAAACAAACAUGAGUUAGAGACGCUGACUAUUAACCCCCUUCUUCAAA